UCUUUGCGCCCUCCUCCAACUCUGUCCCCGUGUCAAUAUAUCUGCCUCUUAACCAACUAGACAAAAAUGCCCUCCAUUCUUGCGGAAAACACCGCUGGAUUGCCACUUCUUACUUCUGGUCCAUAUAAAUUUUACAAGCUGAGAUGAGAUGAGACCAGACCAGACGAGAUCCUUCAGCUUGUUCAAGCUCUCACUUCUCCUGGACCUUCUCUUUUCUGCAUUGAAUACGCAACCCUCUCUCGGCCUUCAAACUUCCAUGGCACCCUUCAGCCCGUUCAAACUCUCACUCCUCCUGAAUCUCCUGUCAAAUUCGGGUACAUGGCAGGCCCCCAGGCAUGGGAAGAACUUCUUCGGGAUAUAUCCGCCCACAUGUGGCCGCAUCGAGUGCCCUACCUACCAAUUGGUGCAGGCAGGGGAUGACUAUGAAAUCCGCCGCUACAAUUCCACUGUGUGGAUGUCUACGUCUCCCAUUCAAGACAUCUCUUUGGUCGAAGCUACUCGCACGGGCUUCCUGCAGCUCUUUGACUACAUACAGGGGAAGAACAGCCACAGCCAGAAGAUCGAGAUGACGGCACCAGUGAUCAACGAAGUCUAUCCAAGCGAUGGCCCAUUCUGUGCGUCGUCCUUUGUUGUGAGCUUUUAUGUCCCGAAAGCGAACCAGCCCGACCCACCGCCUGCCAAGGGCCUCCACGCCCAGAGAUGGAAGCCCACUUAUGUCGCUGUGAGACAAUUUGGGGGAUUUGUGUCUGACUCUGAUGUUGCUAUGGAAGCGGCUGCCCUCGAGGGCAGUCUCAGCGGCUCAGCUUGGGCUGCAGCUAUCGAGAAAAGCCGUGAGGGGAGCGACCACGCUUCCAAUUACACUGUGGCCCAGUAUAAUUCUCCAUUUGAGUUCGAUGAUCGGGUGAAUGAGGUAUGGAUGUUGUUUGACAUGGAAGGGGAUGAGCAUGAGCUGAAAAUAUGAUGUGAAGUGAAAGUGUGGGAAUCAAAUCAAAUUUCUUUCGAAUGAAGAGAGAGCUCCUCUCUCGGGAAACUAAUUAUAUACUUUCAUGAGAUGAGGGAGGGAGCUUUUAGUAGAUUAGUUUAGAUAUUUAUAUUACAUUGUAAUGUUGUUGUAUUAGUGAGGUGGGUUCAAAUUCAAUAACAAUAACUCGAGUAUGGAUUGGAUUUUCCUCCUAUCGUAUCGA